AUGCCCGACCUAGACGACCCGGGGCCCACCAGCCCGCCCUCGCGCGCGACGGUCCCCGUGCCUGCAGCUGGUGCUGCUUCCCGGCUCCGUGGGGGCGAAGACUGGACGGACGGCGCGACGGACCAGGCAAUCUCCAUUGCCAUUGAGCAGCGUGACAAGGAGAACCCUCCCGGAGAGGGCGACUCGAUUUCGGGCUCGCUCAUCCAAAUGGACGGUGGUAUCAUUCCUUCCUCUGUGACGCGCACCAAGUGGUACGGCCCCGGCUCUCGACGCGGUUCGAUGGCCUCGUUCCGGUCCAACUCGGGCAUGUGGAGGCGCCAGAGCCACGACAACCUCAACAACAUGGCCACCCCGGCUUCUCCGGCUCAGUCUGGAGUCUUCAUUGCCGACUCGGAAGAUGAAGGCGAGGGUUCGGCUCCGUACAGGUCCCGCUACAGAGGGUCUAUCUCUGGCAUGCCGAAUCGUCGUGGCCGUCGCGACUCAAGCAUGGACUACCGCCAUCAGCAGCACAACCGGAGGACGAGCUACCGAGACAGUAGAGACGACUACGGUGCGCGUGAGGAUGAGGACCACGAUGCGGCCGCUUCGCCAGUUCGUCCUGGAAGCGUCCUCGGCCGCCUGGCAAGCUUUAUCGGUAUGCCCGGGCGAGGCGAGGCAGGAGACGAAGAAUCUGGGGGGCUCAUGGACCAUCAUCGUCGUCGUCGGUCUGGCGAUACGUCCUCUCGUCGCGGCUCGAUCGACACGUACCGUUCCGACGAGGACGUAAGGAGCGAGCCGGCAUCCUCGGUCGACUCGUGGGGAUACCAGCACGAAGAUGAGGAUGAGGACGGCGAGAGCUAUUCGUCGUCCCUUGCCGACGACACUUCCCUUCCGCCUCAGUCUCGUCCAGGCUCACCUCACCUCCCGCUCGUCCCUGUGCCGGGCGACGGUAUCUUUGGGGACUCGACCGUUCACGUCAACCAGGAGCCCAAGGAGUUUGAAGACGACGACGUCGUUACCUUCCCCAGUCGCCAGACAAUCCUGCUGCCUGACGAGGACCUCUCCAUUCGCUUCACAGGGUACCGUACCGACACUUUCCGCAACAUCAUCUGGUGGAUCGGCUGUAUCCUCACGUUUGGCUUGUUGGGACUGCUAGGCCGCUGGAUCCCAACCAUGUGGAUCCGUUUCUGUGGCCGCGAGACUGCCUUUGAGGACGCCAAAGAGGGAGGAUGGCUCAUGGUCGAAACUCCCUAUGGAGACAUUCACAUCAUCCCCCUCCAAAUUGUUCCUUACCCAUACCCGCUUUCGACCGUCUUUCCCCAGGCUCAUCCCCCGUCCCAUGUCCCUUCGCGUCCCGACUCGGCGGCGGGCUCGGCUCGUGCCGGUAUUGACGGCGCGUCCUCGUCCACACCUACUCGCGCCAAUGGUGGCGACGUGGAGCAAGGGAAAACAACAUGGGAGGAGAAGAAGGGCUUCCUCAAGGUCAUGGACUAUCGCUACACUCGCUUUGCGCUCGACCCUGCCAACAGCCGCUGGGCCAUGAUCCGUGACUGGCGCGACCCCAAGUGGGUUGCUUGCCGCACUGUCGCCCAAGGCCUGAGCACGGCUACUCGCGACCAGCGCAGGCUUCUUAUGGGCGAGAACAUUAUCGACAUUGCUGGCAAGUCGCUCGGCGGCCUGCUCAUGGACGAGGUGCUUCAUCCCUUCUAUGUCUUCCAGAUUGCGUCCAUUGCUCUCUGGUCGGUUGACGAUUACUACUACUACGCCUUUGCCAUUGCCCUCAUUUCCGCCGCGUCGAUUCUGUCCACUCUGAUUGAGACCAAGCGGACCAUUGAACGCAUGCGCGAAAUGUCUCGCUUCCACUGCCCCGUCAACACGCUCGUUGAUGGCGAAUGGAAAACGGUCGACUGCUCCGACAUGGUCCCCGGUGACAUUUUCGAUUGUUCGGACCCCACCCUCACCGUCUUCCCCUGCGACGCGCUCUUGCUCUCGGGUGACGCCAUCGUCAACGAGUCGAUGCUUACCGGUGAAUCGGUCCCUGUCUCAAAGGUUCCUGUCAAGGACGACGCUCUGCGCUCCCUGUCUCGUGAAGUCAAGUCGGGCUCGUCCGAGAUUGACCCCGACCUCGCCAAGCACUACCUCUUUAGUGGCACCAAGAUUAUUCGUGUGCGCGCCGGCGCCAAGCCCCAGUGGGCGCCCAAGAGUGACGAGCCCAUCGCCCUCGCCAUGGUGGCCCGUACGGGCUUCAACACGACCAAGGGCGCGCUCAUUCGCUCCAUGCUCUUCCCCAAGCCCCUUGGCUUCAAGUUCUACCGCGACUCGAUGAACUUUAUCGGUGUCCUGGCCAUGAUCGCUGGCUGCGGCUUUGCGGUCAGCGCCGUUCAGUUUAUUCGCAUCGGUAUUGCCUGGCACACGAUCCUUAUCCGCGCUCUGGACCUGAUUACCAUCGUCGUGCCACCUGCUCUCCCCGCGACUCUCACCAUUGGUACCACUUUCGCGAUUGAGCGUCUCCGCAAGUCUGGCAUCUUUUGCAUUUCGCCCAACCGCGUCAACAUUGGAGGCAAGGUCAACGUCGUCUGCUUUGACAAGACUGGCACUCUGACUGAGGAAGGUCUCGAUGUCCUCGGUGUCCGUACCGUUGACCGUCUCGACCGCCGCUUCUCCGAGCUCCACGGCGAGGUUGAGGACGUCCCCACGCAGGGUGGCCCCAACGGACGCACUCCUCUGCUUUACGCUCUUGCCACAUGUCACGCUCUCAAGCUGAUUGAUGGCGAGGUGUUGGGCGACCCUCUCGACAUUAAAAUGUUCGACUACACCGGCUGGAUCCUCGACGAGGGCCAGUCGCGUCCUGUCAAGGGUGGCGGUGGCGCCGAGCGUACCCAGACACUUGUCCAGAUGGUCGUUCGCCCUCCCGGCUCAGAGCAGUGGCGCAUGGAGGACGCUCACGCUGCCGGCCGCAACCUCGAGCUUGGUGUCAUUCGCUCGUUUGACUUUGUGUCUGCCCUCCGCCGCAUGACGGUCAUUGUCAAGCGCCUCAAGUCGUCGUCCAUGGAGAUUUACUGCAAGGGUGCUCCCGAGAUCAUGCCCGACAUCUGUGACCCGGCGUCGUUCCCACUCGACUAUGACGACAUGCUCAGCUACUACACUCGUAACGGUUUCCGCGUUAUCGCUAUUGCCGGAAAGAGCGUCGAGGGUCUCACGUGGCUCAAGGCCCAACGCAUGCGCCGCGAGGUGGCUGAGAGCGACCUCCAGUUCCUUGGCUUUAUUGUGUUUGAGAACAAGCUCAAGCCUGGAACCGCUCCCAACAUCCACACCCUCCGUGCUGCCCAUAUUGCCUGCCGCAUGGUCACGGGUGAUAACGUCCGUACCGCCAUCUCGGUGGCGCGUGAGUGUGGUCUCAUCUCUCACUCGGCCUCCGUCUAUAUCCCGACGUUCAUUCCCGGUACUGGUUUCGGCGAAGAGUCCAGGUUGGACUGGAGCUCGGUCGAUGACGAACGCCACAAGCUCGACGAGUAUACCCUCAAGCCCAUUUCACAAGAGACAAUGGCCCUGGACACGGCCGAGCUCGAGAUUACCGACUACCAGCUCGCGCUCACGGGUGAUGUCUUCAAGUGGAUGCUGGAAUACGCUCCCCUCGAGGCCAUGAACCGCAUGCUGGUCAAGGGUGUCAUCUUUGCGCGUAUGAGUCCCGACGAAAAGGCUGAGCUUGUCGAGCGCCUCCAAUCCCUUGGAUACACUGUCGCGUUCUGUGGUGACGGCGCCAACGACUGCGGUGCGCUCAAGGCCGCGGACGUCGGUGUCAGUCUCAGCGAGGCCGAGGCCAGUGUUGCUGCCCCCUUCACGUCGCGCACGCCCGACAUUUCGUGCAUGGUCGAGAUCAUCCGCGAGGGUCGCUGUGCGCUGGUCACGAGCUUCAGCUGCUUCAAGUACAUGGCGCUCUACUCGCUCAUCCAGUUUACGACCGUCACCCUGCUGUACUCGUUCGCCUCUUCCCUCGGCGACUUCCAGUUCCUCUACAUUGACCUGUUCAUCAUCAUUCCCAUCGCCGUCGCCAUGGGUCGUACCCUGCCGUACCCGAAGAUUCACCCCAAGCGCCCCACGGCUAGCUUGGUGUCCAAAAAGGUCCUGACCAGCAUCAUUGGCCAAACGAUUAUCAACUCGUCCAUCCAGGGUCUCGUCUUUGUCUGGGUCCGCCUGCAGCCAUGGUACACUGAACCAGUGGAGAACAAGGACGAGCUCGAGACGUUCAACUAUGAGAACACUUCGCUGUUCUUGAUCUCGUGCUUCCAGUACAUUCUUGUCGCUGGCGUUUUCUCCGUGGGACCGCCCUACCGCAAGCCCAUCUGGACCAACCCUUCACUCCUCCUGUGCCUCGCGGGCCUGACCGGAUUCUCCAGCUACGUGCUGCUCAACCCGAGCACGACCGUCGCCCUCAUUCUCGACAUCAUCUCCUUGCCUAUGGGUUUCAAGGCCCAGCUGCUCGCUGUGGCCGUGGUCAACAUUGGCCUGUGUUUCGGAUUCGAGCGUUAUGCCGAGAAGCCCAUUGCAAGGGCGAUUGCGAGCGUCAAGCGCUGGAACCGUAGGCGGCAUGGCAGGAGGUAUGGCCAUGGCGACAACCACUACAAGGUGAUUGAGGCCUCGCUCGACCAGGCCAGGCGAUGA